CAAUAUUUGCCAUGUUCAAAUGUCAGACUCAUCAAGCAAUGCCCGGGACGAGUAUUUUACCAAUGGAUGUAUCUCAAAACCCACUGGCUUCUGGAAGAAACUGAAAUAAGAGAAAAAAGGAGCGAUGCAUCUCUCAGCAUGUCUGUGCAUUGUGCUUGUUAGCUUUUUGGAAAGAGGGAGCUGUUCAUGUCCUUCACAGUGUACCUGCGAUUAUCAUGGCAGAAAUGACGGAACGGGAUCAAGGUCGGUGCUAUGUAAUGACCUGGAUAUGAAUGAGGUCCCUAUGAACUUCCCCGUGGACACUGUGAAGCUACGUAUAGAGAAGACAGUCAUCCGCAGAAUCCCCGCAGAGGCCUUCUACUACCUGGUGGAGCUCCAAUACCUCUGGGUGACUUACAAUUCCGUGGCCAGCCUUGAUGCCAGCAGCUUUUACAACCUAAAGCAGCUGCAUGAGUUGCGCUUGGAUGGAAAUUCUCUGGUUGCUUUCCCUUGGGCAUCUCUGUUGGACAUGCCCCAUCUGAGGACCCUGGAUUUGCACAACAACAGAAUAACCAGUGUGCCAAAUGAGGUGGUCAGGUACCUGAAGAACCUUGCCUACUUGGAUUUAUCAAGCAACAGGCUAACCACACUACCACCAGAUUUCCUGGAGAGCUGGUCCCACUUACUUACAACAUCAUUACGAAGCCUGGACCUUACACCACGAAGAAUUAUUCUUGGUCUGCAAGACAACCCUUGGUUCUGUGACUGUCACAUUUCCAAAAUGAUCGAGUUGUCAAAAGUUGCUGACCCUUCUAUAGUGCUUCUUGAUCCACUGAUGAUUUGUAGCGAACCUGAGCGCCUGACAGGGAUUUUGUUUCAACGGGCUGAGUUGGAGCAGUGUUUGAAGCCAUCAGUCAUGACCUCGGCCACCCAGAUCACAUCUGCUCUGGGUAGUAACGUUCUGCUGCGGUGUGAUGCUACUGGCUACCCUACCCCACAGCUCACGUGGACCAGAUCUGACAGCUCACCAGUUAAUUAUACAGUAAUUCAGGAAUCUCCAGGGGAAGGAGUCAGAUGGUCCAUAAUAAGCUUGACUGGUAUUUCUUACAAGGAUGCUGGGGAUUACAAAUGUAAGGCCAAAAAUUUGGCUGGAAUGUCAGAAGCUAUGGUUACUGUGACAGUGGUUGGUGUUGUCACAACCACCAUAUCAUCAGAGACCUCUGAAAGAACUGGAGAUCACCCUGAGGAAGAAGUCCAGCCAAGAUCCAGAUCUACAUCCCCGCCUGGUUCAUUGUCAUCUUCUUGGCCUUCCUCCUCCCCUGCUUCUUCCAUUUUUCUUUCUAAUUCUACUUCAUCUCCUCCCCCCUCUGCUUUCUUCUCCUUAUCUCCUUUCCUCUCCUCUAUUGUUUCUUCAACCACAGCUAGAAACACUGGAAUUUCAACAAGCCCCACCAUGGCCAGCCAGCAGUCACUCCAGCUCCACCCAGAUGGGAAAAGAAAUUUAAAGGUGGAGUUGGGUGGAAGUCAGCUUCCUUCAGGUAGUGCAAGUAGAAAAGAAGAGUUGGCAUUGUUGGAUGAAGCAACGCCAGUGGAAACAAAUACCACAAUAGAGAAUCUCAGGGUAGUUGGUGAGACUGAAGAGAGUGUCACAUUGAUGUGGAACACUGUCAACACCACACAAAAGUCUGAGAUGACAGUGUUGUACUCCAAGUAUGGUGAAAAGGACCUGCUGCUGCUGAAUGCUGACUCCAGCAAGAACCAAGUAACCAUAGAUGGCUUGGAGCCUGGUAGGCAAUAUAUAGCAUGUGUCUGUCCAAAAGGAAUACCUCCCCAGAAAGACCAAUGUAUUACCUUUUCUACUGACAGAGUUGAAAAGGAAGGUGAUUCUCAAGUGUCUUUCCUUGUUGUGGUGAGCGGUACCGCCUGUGUUGUUGUCUUGCCAUUGAUAUUUUUCCUGUUGUACAAAGUUUGCAAACUGCAAUGUAGGUCAGAAUCUUUCUGGGAAGAUGACUUGGCAAAAGAAACUUAUAUCCAAUUUGAAACCCUGUCCCCCAGGUCUCAAAGUGUAGGGGAGCUUUGGACGCGAAGGCACAGAGAUGAUUCAGAAAAAUUGCUGCUUUGUUCUAGGUCAAGUGUAGAGUCUCAGAUGACUUUUAAAAAUGAAGGUUUGAGAUCAGAGUAUUAUUGCUAAGAUUUUACACAUGAACCCCACAAAAUUUCUUCCAUGCAACUAAGGAUUGAGGAUAUAGUCGGCCUUCUGUUUGGAUGACCUUUUGUUCAGGUGUGGUUUUCUUUUUUUCUUUUCUUUUUUUUUUUAGAUACCAUGUGAGGGGCACCUGGUUUCCUCAGUCAGUAGAGCCUACAACUUUUGAUCUUGGAGUUGUAAGUUUAAGUUCAAGCCCCAAUUGGAUGUAGAGAUUACAUAAAAACUACCAUGUCAUUUCUGAAUCAAACAAACAAAUAGUCUUGAUUUUUGUUGUGUGGAAGAUAUCCAUAGAAAUAGUUUUUAGGAUAGUGUUUGAUAAAUUAAUAGUAUGUUUUAGGGUAGUGUUUUAGUUUUUCAAAAUAAAUUCAUGUGAGAAUAGUUAUAAAAAAGUGAAGUCUGAAUUUUAAAAAGAGUUUCUAAGAAGUGAAGAAAGAUUAGUAUAACCAGCUAAGCCUUGAUGUUCAUUCAUGUUUGAAGUGCUUUAUGACAUUUGCUAUGGGUAUUUACUGUCAUUGCCUAGUGGGCAAGAGUGAGAAAGUACAGAAUUUUUCAUUCACUAAGGUUAAAUCCAACCCAGUGGAGAGGGAGGGCUCCAACUCUUGGUACCAUUAUGCAUUACAAGACUGUAUGGUUGAUUAAUAUUGCAAGAAAAAAAAUUUUUUAUCCUUAGAAAUAUAGAUACUAGCAAAAAAGUUUAAAAAGAGGAUCCUGAAAAUAGUAAGGCCAUUUCUAAAAAUAGUAACCAUUGCAUCCUAAUACAUUUGCCAACAGACUAUAUGGAUCUUUUUUUAAAAAAAUGUUAAAAAUUUUUUUAAUUUAAAAAAUUUAAAUUUUGAAAAAAAUUUUGAAACAAUCUCUUUAAUAUUGUGAUAUUUACUUUUCUCUUCUGCUCUGUUUCUCCUUCUCUCUCUCCCCUUUCCUUCCUUCAUUUCUUUUUUUUCUCUUCUGCUUUGUCAGGAGAUAUUCAGGUAGCCAUAGGACCACAGCUAAACUGUUUGUCUUUUGCCACGUUAUAUUUUGAUUUCCUGGCUAAAGGGAAGAACUUUGAGUCUUUUUUAGAUCUGAAAAAGAUGUUUUAGGAUUUUUUUGGUCAAAUUUUCUAUAAAAAACAGAGAAAUUGAACUGGAGUGGACAUAGAUAGGAAAGGGGAUUCAUACAUAAAAUUUAGGUUUUUAAAAGAAAAGUUUAUCACCACCUUUACUAAAGAUUAUAUUCUCUUUACAUUGGAGAUUCUGGACUACAGAACAGAUUUAUAAAGGUGUGUCAGGAGUCCUGAAAUACUCUGAAUAGCAAGUUCUAAGAAAUCCUAAAUUUUACAUAAGCAAUAGAUUGACUUCAAUGUUACACAUUGUGGAAAUUAUAAUACAAGCAACUGGACAAUGAAAAAUCAUUCAUUCCAAAUGGCUGUUAAUUAAAUUCUAGUUUAGACAUAUUCUGAGUAUUAGAAGGAGACCAGCAUGGAUGGAUGGCCUGUCUAGAACUCCCAAAUGUCCCUUUCUUGUAUAAUUUCCUCUCCUCUUUCCUUUCCACCCUGUUUGUCCUUGGUGCUUUCAUCACUGAGUGCAUUUCUAAUCAUCUAAUAGUUUUAAGUUCAGUAUUCAUUGUUAAGAUGUGUUAGAAAAAUAUUUUUUACAAACAAUUUUGUGCCUAGCUUCAAAUUCUGUUGGGUCAACUUAAAAGAUCACAAAAACUCACAUUUCUUUACUCUAAAGACAUCGUGGAAUUCACUGCUACAUUUAAAAGGUUCAUAUAGGGGUACCUGGGUGACUCAGUGGUUGAGUGUGCCCUCGGCUUAGGUCAAGUCUUGCAUCAGGCUCUCUGCAGGGAAACUACUUCUCCCUCUGCUUAUGUCUCUGCCUCCCUCUCUAUGUCUCUCAUGAAUACAUAAAUAAAAUCUUUUUUAAAAAAUUAAAGGUUCAUAUAAACAGGCUGCCAAAAUACUACCACAUUAGAAAUAAUGACUAUAGGAAAAGGUCACAGACCUUACCUGAGGUAAGUGGCACCCAAGUUGUA